AUGGUUAAACGUGAAGAUAAAGUUGCAGCUGCAACCACAGGGGAUGUUGAAGAUGUUUCACUUGAUGAAGAAAAGACAGGUUCUAAUGUCGAAGCAGUUGAAGCUUCUGGUGCCGAACAAGUUGAAGAGCCAGUUGAUGAAAGGUCAGAGACUGAAGAACCAGAGGUUGAAGCAGUUACCAAGAAAGAAUCUCCAGCAGUUGAAGAGAAGGAAGCCAAGGAACAAGGUGAAUCAGCAGAUGCAGAAUGUCCCCCACUGCCAACUAGGAGAAAAGUUGUCGAAGAAGAUGUAGAGCCGGUUAGAAAAGCUGAGCCAAAGUCAGGUAAUCCACUUUUCAAUCAAUUGAAAGAAGCGUUUCCUAAUAUCGAUGAAAAUAGCAUUAAAGCUGUGUUGAUUGCAUCUCAAGGUUCUAUUGACCCAUCGUUCAAUGCUUUGCUAUAUUUAUCUGACCCAAUGGGCAGUGAUAUAGAAGUUCCAAGAGGUCCAAUCAAACGUGAGCCAUCUCCAGGAACAGCAAGAAGAAGAAUGACACAGCUAGAACAAGAUGAAAUAUUAGCUCGUCAACUGGAUGAGAAAUACAAUAGAUCCAGAGGAGGACGUUAUACCAAUGAGUCGGAAAGAAGAGAGCACGACCAGAGGAUGAGGGACCGUGAAAGAAGACGUCAAACACCAUUGACGGCCUCUGAAAGCAGAGACUAUUACGGCGAUGAUGAAGAGGAUUCGUGGUCUACGUUUGUCAACAAGGAUCUACCAGAAAUCAAAGACGCAGCCAGUCGUCAAUUCCAAGAGACAGCCUCUAGGUUCAACAAUUGGAUCGGUGGAAUCAAGAAGAAUUUAGCUGGGGAAGAUGGACUUGAAGAGAAUAGAUACAGAUAUGAUAACUAUAGACCUUCGACGUAUGGGGAUUAUAAUAACGACAAAAAUAUUGAAGAAAGCGCUGGCGACAUGGGCAGACCUCAAGGAAACCGGAAAGCGCCUGAGACCAACAGAUUCAACUCAUUUGGAGCUAGGGUCGGGGAAGACUCAUUAGAAAACCAUGGUAUCUCAUUGCGCAACGAAGACGAUGAAGAUGACGUCCCACCACAACUACCAACAAGGACAAGAACCCAAGACUCGAUCCACACGGAUACCAGCAAGACAGUAGUUGCGGAAACGACACACAUCGACACACCAGAAAAGAGCAGUCGCAAAGUGCAACAGUUGAAACCUACACCGAUGCCAGAAUCAGAGACACCAACCAAGAUAAAGCUGUCGAACCCAGACGAAGACGAUUUUCUGAUUAACAGUGAUGAUGAAAUAUAA